AUGACGAUUGCGGGAUUCGCCUUCGGCUCAAGCAGGCCUUCUGAGAUGACGAGGUCUUGGUGGGAGAAGCGAGAGGACGGAAUUCUCAGAUCCACGCUAGAGAAAGUGCGCGGUGAAUCAUCCAGUAGAGGCACUGUGGAAGUAAAGCUCGAGGCCAGUGAAGGGGACUUGUGUGUCCAAAAACGGCAAUCUGAUUGCUUUCUGCACUUCACAGGGGAACAAGGUGAUGGAAAGUUGGAGAAUGUACUGAGGCAGUUGGGCACUCUGGCAUCAAGUUCCCCUCACAGCGUUAUUCUUCUGACGUGGGAUAGCACAGUAUUCGAGUUUCAUGGUCUCAAUAGCAUUCAGUUGUGCCUUCCCAUGAAUUUCCGAUUUAUGAACAGGGGAAGAGAAACAGAGAGUAAGAUUGUGCCGUAUGUGGAGCUGAGCGUCGUGCACGCCUCCGUGCUGUCCUUGCUCGUCAUCUCCCUCGAGCGCUACCACGUGAUAUGCCAGCCGCUGCAGGCCGGCUACCGCUGCACGCGCGCCAAGGCCACCGCUGCGAUCGCCGUCAUCUGGACACUCGCCUUCCUCUCUGCCGGACCCAUGUUGAGGAUCGUUCAGUAUGAUUACGUCAAGUAUUACGACGGCUCUACAAGACCGAACUGCAUUACGCCCAUCGAGACACUGUGGAACAAAUCAUACAUCAUAGCGUCGUCUGUGCUUUUCUUUUUCGUGCCGCUGCUGCUUUUGGUGGGCCUGUACAGCGUGAUCGCCCGACAGUUGCUCAUCGACACCUACGAGCUCACUCACAAGAAGGAAAACCCUCAGAUGAGGGCUCGGCGACAGGUGGUCAUCAUGCUGGCCACGGUUGUGGUGUUUUUCUUCCUGUGUUUGAUGCCGAUGCGAGUUCUCUAUCUGUGGAUCAUUGCUGUGCCCCUCGAUACCAUCACCUGGCUCGGUAUCGAAGGCUACUACAACCUAUUGUAUUUCUGCCGGAUCAUGCAUUACCUGAAUUCUUCCAUCAAUCCAAUUCUUUACAACAUGACGUCAACCAAGUUCCGCGCGGCCUUCACGAGAGUGUUCAAUGGGCGACGACUGCAACGACAUGACACCUAUAGCAACACCUCGUACAAUAACCACACAGUCACUAAUAAUCUGCGCGUGCAAUACGGCACGAAUUGUUCAAUGGUGUACAAAACAAUGUACUCGAAGACCGUUGUAAGUCAUAAGUACAGCUACACCUCAACCGGAUCUGCCUCAACCCAGGUGACCCGACACGCAAGCCUCGUGUCGGCCAGCAGCCUCCGGCCGUCUACGAAGGACUCCUUCGUCUAGGCUCGGCCGAGUGCCACCCUUUUCUUGCUGAUUUGAAGUACUUUUAAAACAAAGUUAUUUUUGCAGUCUUAUAUUUAUGUUAUGGAAAGGUAAAAGGAACUCUUACGGAAUACACAAUUCUGUCACACAUACAUUCCAAAAUACGCCUUAUUUUCUUUUUUUCUCUGUCUCUUUCGUUAUAUGAACCAAUAUGUACACACAUCACACACAUAUGUAUAUACACACACACACACACACAUAUAUAUAUAGAUAGAUAGA